CUUGGCAAUGACAACGGCCGCUCAACAACAACAACAACAACAAUGGUCACCAUACAACACUCAUCUUCAAACAUAUUUACAACAACACGACCAACAGUUUCAACCAAGUGAAUACUCCGGUGGUUACGACUUUGGUGGCCACGAUGGCGGCAGUAGUGGUGGUCACGACUUCGGCGAAACAUCUGGCCACGGAGACUUUGGUAACUAUGGUGGUCACGAUCUGAAGGCCCACUCGUAUCCUGUCCAUCAGCACGUCGAAGAAGAAAACCCUGAGCCGAUCAAACAUUACAAAGAGGUCGUUGUACCUGUCCCAAAGAAUGUAGAGUUCAAAGUCCACCAGCCAAUCCUCAUACCAGUACCUCAUCCCGUUCCAAUCCAGAUACCAGUUCCCAAGGCUGUAGUUAUCCCUAUAAUAAAGGAAGUCUCUGUCCCGGUUGAGAAAUCCGUUCCGUAUCCCGUCGAAAGGGUAGUCCACGUCCCUAAAAUAAAAGAAGUUCCCUUUGAAGUAGUGAAACACAUAAUUGUUCCCGUCGAAAAGCCCGUACCAUUCAAAGUACCCGUUUACGAGACGAUCAUCCACACGAAGAAAGGAUCGCACAAGAUCCGUUGAGUUUAAUUGUAAUGUUAUUUAUUUUGUUUUAC